AUGAACCUUCCUUUUUUUGAAAUUGAGAUUGUUUUGGAAAUAUUUUCUAUCCUAUUCCUUCCGUUGCUAUCUGAUUCUUAUAUCUCAUAUGCGAGCUUUUCUAAUAUUACCUUCUUUCUGCCCGCUUUCAUAUAUUUUCUUGCAAAUCCCAAAGAAAAAUGCUUUUACGAACCGCUAUUAUGGCUGUCCUCCUUUCCAUUUGCGAUCCUAUGUAUAGGUUUUGGAAGGGACUCUCUACUUUUUCAUGAAAUGUACAUGGUUUGCUUUUAUAAUGCAGCAAUUGCCUUUAACCUAAAACUCCCGUUCUUCUCAUAUUUAUUGAAGGGACUGCAAACUGGAUUUGUUCCUUUACAACUUCAUGCUACUAUUACAGAAGCCUUUAUAGAAAUCACAAGAAACAGCUUUACAUUUAUUGAAGCCGUUUUAAUUUCCACUGGACUUAGCAGUGUAGCAUAUGCUACCUUUCUGAAUGAGGCUGGCCCUCUAGUAUCUGUCUUGGCCGGUGUUUUGUUAAUAUCUGUUCCCUCGUUAGUUUUACUGAAUUCGUGCCUGCUACAAAUAUGUUCUAGUUGCAAACUUACAAAGGAAAAGUCUUCCCUAUUAGUUUAUGCAGCUAGUAUUCUUGUUGUCAUUUUCGUCUCUCGAUUGUGGGUUUCCAAGCGUAUCCAGCAAAAGCCCGAAUAUUGGGUAUUUGCUCAAAUUUUUUUGAGUCCUUAUUCCAAAAAAAGGAUAACAAUUUUGAUUUGGUGGGUCAUGUGCCUAUCAAGCUAUAUAGGUUUCAUCAUUUGCUCUCACAACGGCAGUUUCUUUCGUGACUAUUUUGGGUCAAAAGGAGAACUAUUAAAUUUUAGAAGGAAAACAUAUCAUGCUCUUAUUGUCUUUAUGUUUCUUCCUACUUAUUGUACAGACCCCUAUUUUGUACAUCUUGCGUUUUCGGGAGUACUCUUUUCGUUUUUGUUUAUUGAGGGCAUCCGUGUGCUCCGUUUGGAACCAUUUGGGGAAAUGAUACAUAAAUUUUUGUGGCAAUAUACAGACAAUAGAGAUCAUCGUGGACCAUUAAUUAUUUCUCACAUUUACCUCCUAAUCGGAUGCGCAAUCCCUGUCUGGUUUUCUCAUGCACUACGCGGACCAGUCGCUUCUGCAGAACUCUUGGUUGGCGUCCUUUGCCUUGGAUGUGGAGAUUCUAUGGCAAGCAUCAUUGGGAAAAAGUACGGAAGGACUAGGAUUCAUAGAACGGGAAAAACACUGGAAGGCACUGCUGCUUUUUCAGUGUCUGUGUUUGUGGUCCUUCAACUCGCACAUAGAAUGCAUAUUUGCCCUCACGUUAGUUUAAGAAAUACCUUGGCAAUGUCUGUUUGUACAGCUAUGCUGGAGGCCGUUUCAUUGGAAAACGAUAAUCUCAUUUUGCCUAUGUACAUGUGGGUCUUGUAUCGGGCAUUGGAAAAUACUUGA